GGCCCCCCGGGCGGGGCGACAGGCCUCGGGCCCCCGGGCGGGGCGACAGGCAUCGGGCCCCCAGGCGGGGCGACAGGCAUCGGGCCCCCAGGCGGGGCGACAGGCAUCGGGCCCUCAGGCGGAGCGGCGGGCGCCGGGCCCCCGGGCGGAGCGACAGGUCUCGGGCCCCCAGGCGGAGCGGCGGGCGCCGGACCCCCAGGUGGAGCGACAGGUCUCGGGCCCUCAGGCGGAGCGGCGGGGCGCCGGACCCCCAGGUGGAGCGACAGGUCUCGGGCCCUCAGGCGGAGCGGCGGGCGCCGCCCGGACCCCCAGGUGGAGCGACAGGUCUCGGGCCCUCAGGCGGAGCGGCGGGCGCCGACCCCCAGGCGGAGCGACAGGUCUCGGGCCCUCAGGCGGAGCGACAGGUCUCAGGCCCCCAGGGCGGGGCGGGCGGGCGCCGGACCCCCAGGCGGAGCGGCGGGCGCUGGACCCCCAGGCGGAGCGACAGGUCUCGGGCCCUCAGGCGGAGCGACAGGUCUCGGGCCCCCAGGC